AAAGAGAAAGACUAGAGAUGAGAGAGCUGGCCCAAGGAAGAGAGAAAAGAGACAUAUCCACUUCACUUUCAUCAUCUUCAUCUCUCUCCUCACUCUCUCCCUCCCUUCGGUAUUAUAACAGGGAGAUUGAAACUGACCUAUCACUACAUAAAGGAGCAAGUGAUGGUAAUCACAGGAUGUUGCAGCAGUUGUUAAGUAAAGGUUAUAAUGUUAAUAGCAUUGAUCAGGAAGGAGCCACUGCACUGAUGCACUGUGUAUUACUGUCUGGAGGUGUUCAACUGGCUUGUGCUGAUCUCCUUAUAAGGAAAGGAGCUAAUAUUGACCAGCAGGCUAUAGAUGGUUCAACAGCAUUACACAGUGCAUCAGUAGUUGGCUUGGUCUCUUUCAUUCAGUUACUAUUAAUGAAUGGAUGCUAGAGAUAAUGAUAGUGGGCUACCAUUACACUGGGCUACCAUUACACUGGGCCACUGCAUCACAUUCUGUUGAAGCACUGGAACUAUUACUGAAGGUAGGGAUUACAUGUAUAUGC